UGUUAGGGACUCAGAAAUAGGAGUGAAGUGCUAAAGUGAUAAAGAAUGACUCUAGGACACUCCUUGAGGAUUGAAGAGGACUUAUUCUCUUUUUCUGCCAUGAUUUAUUAACUCCUUUUUCUUUUUUGAGACAGAAUCUUGCUCUGUCACCCAUUCUGGACUGCAGUGGUACAAUCAUAGCUCACUGUAACUUCAAACUCCUGGACUCAAGGUAUCCUCCUGCCUCAGCCUCCCGAGUAGCUGGGACUAGAGGUGUGUGCCACUGCACUUGGCUAAUUUGUUUUGUUUUGUUUUUCAUCUUUGGUAGAGAUGGGGGCCUCCUUUUGCUGCCCAGGUUGUGAUUAACUUCUUAACUUUCCUCUCUGCUUCUUCCUUCUCUUCCUUUCAUUCUAUGUCCUCUGUAUUGCAGCGGGAGACUUGGUGGGUACUGGGUUGCUAAUAGCCUAAUGGGAUCUGGGUAGCAGUGUACACUCUUCUCAGUCAUUUCCCUUCCUCACGUGUCCCUGCCUCUGUGUUCCACUGCUCCCCACGGGCUUCCAGGGUGACAGAAGUGGGAGGAAAUGGUGGUGAGUUGCAGUAGACAUGUUAGAUUUCAGUAGGAUAAAAUAGAGGGUAAGAUAAGUAAAAACUCUACAGAGGCCUCAUAGCUGGCUAGUCAAGGUAGUUAGCAAUAAGUAACAAAUGUAAAUCUGCAUACUAGUUAGAAAUUGCAAUGUUUUAUAUUAAAUAUAUUUUUCUAUAUAUUGCAUGUAUAUCUUUAUAUCAUAAGAGAUAAUACAAAAUGCAAACACAGAAACAUUUUUUACUUACUGACUGAUUCACUAACCAAGCAUUUUUAAAAAUAUAAGUAUAAUGAAUAAUUAGGAUAAAAAGUUUAGAUACUUUUUUUGAGUUGGGAAAUGCCAUGGUUAUUAUUUCCAGCUUACAGAUGAGGAGACUGAAGGGCACUCAUCUGGGAUUAUUUAGAUGUUAAGUUUAAAUAAAUGACAUUUCUGAAUAUAGCAUUUUAUUUUACUUAUAUCAAAAUUGAAAUUAUCUUAGCUUUCCCAGUUUCCUGUUUAUUUAUUCCUAUGACAUUCAUCCAUGAAUUAUAUAUAUGUGUAUAUAUACACACAUACAUGUAUAUAAUUCUAUUAUAUUUACACAUACAUAAUAUACAUGUAUGUAUACAGUUACACAUACAUAAUAUAUGGCUUGGAUCUUUGAGCAUUUCUCCUGAGUCCAGUUGCUUGUAGGGUGCUACCACUGAACUUUCUUUCCACCACAUUCAAUUUAUCAAGUUUAAGUGCAUCGUGUCUCUCACAGGUGCUAUUAUUCUUCUAGUCGUCUGGAUGAGACUAGAAAAUUUGGAGCCAUCUUUUAUUCUUUCUAUUCCUUCAUCAUCUAAUUAUGAUCUGUCCCCAAGCGUUAUCAUUCCUUCAUCUUCUCCUCCCCUGCUUCCUUCCCGCAGCUACCUCACUACUCCGUGCUUUCAUCACCUUAGACAUAAAUUACUAAAAAAGCCUUUAGGAUGACUCCCUUGCCUACACUCCAUCAUCCACCACUCUGGCCUCAGAUCAGUGGCCUGUCAAUAUUCACAGCCCCCAGCUAGUCCAAACACUUCUUCUGGGAUGUCCAGGUCUUUCUAAUCUACAUCUACUUUCUAAGAUCGUCCAACAUUUAAGCUCAAGAGAGGCCAUUUUCCAUCCACUCUCCUACACAAGUCACGUUAUUUCUACUUCAAAACUUUGUCUUAUUCUCUCUUCCUGCCUUCCUUCUUCCUUUUUUUCCUUUCUUUCAAACUUUGAUUGUAAUUGGAGGCUCAGCUCAAAAUACUUGUCCCACAUAUUCUAUGAUCAAGCGAGUUAAUAAUAAUUUCUCCAUUUUCUGAAUCACAUGGUUUUCAUCAAUAUCAUAGGCUCUAAUCCUUUACUGUGCUCUAAUAGAUGUGAUAUGUUUUUCUUACCAAAAAGACCAUAAAUACUUACUGUGUAAGACUAAUAUUACUUGUACCAUUCAUAGCAUUAAAAUAGCUGAAGGCACAUAAAAGCAAUAUUUUUCCUAAUUGACUAAUUCACACUGAACAGGUGUUAUCAUUUUUUAUAAGCACAGGAAAAGCUGGCAAGGUCUCCCUCAAUAUUAAAUACCUCAAGGACGUAAGUGACUUCUUUAGACUUUACAUGUCUAAUGAUGGUAGCUUUAUUUGUGUACAUGCUGAAUGAAAUAUUCCGAAUAUUCUGCAGACAAAGGAAGUGUUCAGAAAUAAUCCUUUACUUCAAGGCCCAGAGAUUCAUAUUCAGAAUUGUAUUAUGUACUGAAAUUCUCUACUACUUUGAAAUGUAACUCUGAGGACUGUGUUUUCUCCUUUUUUCUAAUCAUUUUACCUCAUUGGGAUAUCAAAAUAGAUGAUCAUCUGAAUACAUACAAACACCCAAAUGUCUACAUUUCCAAGUCAGCAGUAUAAUUUCACAAACCAAGAAGCUAGAAGAUACACAGGUCUCAGGUAACUUUGGGUUUAAAUAUGAAAAUGUCUAUUUCAAGCAUCUGCCUUUUCAGCUACUUAUUCAAAAUCUUUGCAAGGAAAGGCAGAAAAGAAACAAGUUGUUUCUAGUAAAAUGAAACUGUGCAUAAAAUCCCCAGCAGUUCAAAACUUGGCAUUCUGGACUUUUUCACGAAUUACAACUGCAAGUUUAACAGCCAACCUUUGGGACUUCAAUGCACCAGGUUCAACAAAGUGUGGGCAGGUGUGGAGAAAUACAACUGGACAAAAGGAAUAUGAUCUCAUGCUAACAGACUGAGUGGGGACGCCUGGCAAGGUGAGAUUCUUCCUGGUAUCUCCGUACAGUACUCAUUCCUUCUGGGUAUGGGGCAGGACCUUCUCUGGAAUGGGGUCUUAUGAGCUACGAUCAAACAAGGAUUCUUUCACCCAGGCAUCUCCUCCAGAGGGAUCCGCCAGCCCGUCCAGCAGCACCAUGUGGGUGACCAAACUCCUGCCAGUCCUGCUGCUGCAGCAUGUCCUUCUGCAUCUCCUCCUGCUCCCCAUCGCCAUCCCCUAUGCAGAGGGACAAAAGAAAAGAAGAAAUACAAUUCAUGAAUUCAAAAAGUCAGCAAAGACUACCCUAAUCAAAAUAGAUCCAGCACUGAAGAUAAAAACCAAAAAAGUGAAUACUGCAGACCAAUGUGCUAAUAGAUGUACUAGGAAUAAAGGACUUCCAUUCACUUGCAAGGCUUUUGUUUUUGAUAAAGCAAGAAAACAAUGCCUCUGGUUCCCCUUCAAUAGCAUGUCAAGUGGAGUGAAAAAAGAGUUUGGCCAUGAAUUUGACCUCUAUGAAAACAAAGACUACAUUAGAAACUGCAUCAUUGGUAAAGGACGCAGCUACAAGGGAACAGUAUCUAUCACUAAGAGUGGCAUCAAAUGUCAGCCCUGGAGUUCCAUGAUACCACACGAACACAGCUAUCGGGGUAAAGACCUACAGGAAAACUACUGUCGAAAUCCUCGAGGGGAAGAAGGGGGACCCUGGUGUUUCACAAGCAAUCCAGAGGUACGCUUCGAAGUCUGUGACAUUCCUCAGUGUUCAGAAGUUGAAUGCAUGACCUGCAAUGGGGAAAGUUAUCGAGGUCUCAUGGAUCAUACAGAAUCAGGCAAGAUUUGUCAGCGCUGGGAUCAUCAGACACCACACCGGCACAAAUUCUUGCCUGAAAGAUAUCCCGACAAGGGCUUUGAUGAUAAUUAUUGCCGCAAUCCCGAUGGCCAGCCGAGGCCAUGGUGCUAUACUCUUGACCCUCACACCCGCUGGGAGUACUGUGCAAUUAAAACAUGCGCUGACAAUACUAUGAAUGACACUGAUGUUCCUUUGGAAACAACUGAAUGCAUCCAAGGUCAAGGAGAAGGCUACAGAGGCACUGUCAAUACCAUUUGGAAUGGAAUUCCAUGUCAGCGUUGGGAUUCUCAGUAUCCUCACAAGCAUGACAUGACUCCUGAAAAUUUCAAGUGCAAGGACCUACAAGAAAAUUACUGCCGAAAUCCAGAUGGGUCUGAAUCACCCUGGUGUUUUACCACUGAUCCAAACAUCCGAGUUGGCUACUGCUCCCAAAUUCCAAACUGUGAUACGUCACAUGGACAAGAUUGUUAUCGUGGGAAUGGCAAAAAUUAUAUGGGCAACUUAUCCCAAACAAGAUCUGGACUAACAUGUUCAAUGUGGGACAAGAACAUGGAAGACUUACAUCGUCAUAUCUUCUGGGAACCAGAUGCAAGUAAGCUGAAUGAGAAUUACUGCCGAAAUCCAGAUGAUGAUGCUCAUGGACCCUGGUGCUACACGGGAAAUCCACUCAUUCCUUGGGAUUAUUGCCAUAUUUCUCGUUGUGAAGGUGAUACCACACCCACAAUAGUCAAUUUAGACCAUCCUGUAAUAUCUUGUGCCAAAACGAAACAAUUGCGAGUUGUAAAUGGGAUUCCAACACGAACAAACAUAGGAUGGAUGGUUAGUUUGAGAUACAGAAAUAAACAUAUCUGCGGAGGAUCAUUGAUAAAGGAAAGUUGGGUUCUUACUGCACGACAGUGUUUCCCUUCUCGAGACUUGAAAGAUUAUGAAGCUUGGCUUGGAAUUCAUGAUGUCCAUGGAAGAGGAGAUGAGAAACGCAAACAGGUUCUCAAUAUUUCCCAGCUGGUAUAUGGCCCUGAAGGAUCAGAUCUGGUUUUAAUGAAGCUUGCCAGGCCUGCUGUCCUGGAUGAUUUUGUUAGUACAAUUGAUUUACCUAAUUAUGGAUGCACAAUUCCUGAAAAGACCAGUUGCAGUGUUUAUGGCUGGGGCUACACUGGAUUGAUCAACUAUGAUGGUCUAUUACGAGUGGCACAUCUCUAUAUAAUGGGAAAUGAGAAAUGCAGCCAGCAUCAUCGAGGGAAGGUGACUCUCAAUGAGUCUGAAAUAUGUGCUGGGGCUGAAAAGAUUGGAUCAGGACCAUGUGAGGGGGAUUAUGGUGGCCCACUUGUUUGUGAGCAACAUAAAAUGAGAAUGGUUCUUGGUGUCAUUGUUCCUGGUCGUGGAUGUGCCAUUCCAAAUCGUCCUGGUAUUUUUGUCCGAGUAGCAUAUUAUGCAAAAUGGAUACACAAAAUUAUUUUAACAUAUAAGGUACCACAGUCAUAGCUGAAGUAAGUGUGUCUGAAGCACCCACCAAUACAACUGUCUUUUACAUGAAGAUUUCAGAGAAUGUGGAAUUUAAAAUGUCACUUACAACAAUCCUAAGACAACUACUGGAGAGUCAUGUUUGUUGAAAUUCUCAUUAAUGUUUAUGGGUGUUUUCUGUUGUUUUGUUUGUCAGUGUUAUUUUGUCAAUGUUGAAGUGAAUUAAGGUACAUGCAAGUGUAAUAACAUAUCUCCUGAAGAUACUUGAAUGGAUUAAAAAAACACACAGGUAUAAUUGCUGGAUGAUAAGGAUUUCAUGGGAAAAAAAAUCAAUUAAUCUAUCUAAGCUGCUUUCUGAUGUUGGUUUCUUAAUAAUGAGUAAACCAUAAAUUAAAUGUUAUUUUAACCUCACCAAAACAAUUUAUACCUUGUGUCCCUAAAUUGUAGCCCUGUAUUAAAUUAUAUUACAUUUCA